UCAAAACUUUACGGAUCUAAAAGAUGUCUGCGCCCUUUGAUAAACAAAAACGUCCAAAAGUUGGAAUAGGCGUUUUAGUCACAAGUACAGAUCACACAGGCUGCGUUUUGGUCGGAAAAAGGAAAGGAAAUGUUGCAGGCGAAGGAAUGUUUGCGCUUCCAGUAGGUCAUCUCGAAUUCGGGGAGACGUGGGAGGAGUGUGCGGAGCGGGAACUGCUUGAAGAAACUGGACUCGUUCUGACCGGCAUCAGGUUUGUGACUGCCGUCAACGCUGUUGAGAAGGAUACGGAUUACCACUACAUCACGUUGUUUAUGGCGGGCCAGGUCGAUCUAGCUCAAAGGAGGGAGCCGGUCAACUUGGAGCCAGAAAAAUGCGACGGUUGGGAAUGGACUCCUUGGAACAGCCUCCCUGACGGUUCUCAGCUCUUCUGUCCUCUUAGGAUCUUCAGAAAGAUGGGUGUGAACCCGUUUGACGGUGACUGAUAAAAUUUGCACUAAAGUUUUAGACGCUUGGAAAGAGCUGCGCAUUGCAACGAAGCCCCUGCUGAAAUAUUUGAUUGUCAGGGCAUGGUACAUGCUGUGGUGUAGAAGUAUAGAAACGAACAGUACGUUGGUGGAGUAUUAGCACGAUUGAAGUAAACUAAUAAAAUGAACAAACGUUUUAUCAUCAAAUGAUGAUUUGUGUACGUAUUAAGACUCGGACAUAACGUUUCAAAUAUUCUGUGCAUAUAUGUGAAAACAUUUACUUUAGAUUUGAUCGAUUUACAAAUAAAGAUGCCGUAUGUGCUUCUGUUGUUAUUUCUCGUCUACAAUUAUACAUACAUUGAAGGUUGGACAGCGAAAAUAAACAUUACAGUGUGUAAUUUGGCUAGAGAACUUCACUUAUAUUUGUAUACCUGUUAGCUGAAGAGAGACGCAUAUCGAAAGUCAAACAAGCUGUAAUUUUGAGAAAUACUUGUAAGAAAUGAAUUAAUUACUGAAUUGAAAAACAAUGUACUGAGAUAAGGGGUCUGAUUUUAGUUCAAACAUGCAAAAAACAUUUUCCUCAAAUUAUUCACGUAAACUUCUAAACUGCAAUCAACAGUAUAAAUGUUUUGGUUGACCUUAAGGGGGCUUCAUACAAACAAAUCGAAAGUGAAAUCCAUAGUGAUCGAAGGUAUGUGUGACUCGGUUAUUGGAAAGGACAAUGUUUACGAAAUUGAGAGCUACGUAAAUAAAUAACUAAUACAUUACGAGCGUUUGACCAAGAUUCAUUUUAAGCUCUUU